CUCUCAGGAGGAAGCAACCAACCUUUAAAUGCUUUCUGUUUUUUUCAGUUUUGUUUCUGUUCUUUUUUCUUACUUGCACUAAACCUUUACGGACACCUUUUUAUAUAAGUAAACGCAAAGUUAUUAUUUUUAGAAUAGAACAAAACAGAAAACAGAGACAGAAGAACUUAAGGUGUUAUCUCAUCUAUGAUCUAUGGCUUUCUUUUACAUGAAGAUGAUGAACAGUGAGUGCACCCAUGGGUCGAAUCCAUCACGAUUGUUUUUAGGGACAUCAACGCCAUUAAAUUCACUUGGGUCAAAUCCGAACCCGAAUCGGAGCCCCAUCAACAAAAACCGGGUCCAAAUCCCCCACGCCAGUCAUCGCGCCUCUUCAUAUGUUGCUUCUUUUGCUGCUUUUGCAAUGCUGACUCGAAGUGUCGCGAAUGAUGUUCUAACCGUCGGUAAAGAACUACGUACCCUCGCAGACGAAUUCAUCCCACGAGAGUAUCAAGAUUACUACAUCCACGAAAUGAAAAAGAUCAUCCGAAACAAAGAUAGCGAGUUCAUAAUUGUCAUAGACGAAUAUCAAGCACAAUCCAACACCACAGAUGAAAUGUAUCAAGCAGUUGAAACCUAUUUAGGCACUAAAGUGAACGAAUCGUGUAUUCGAAAGGUUAAUGUGUGCAAAAACAAGGAAACAUUGGCUAUUACUAUGAACGAAGAUGAAGAAAUCAUCGAUGAAUACGAUGGGAUUCAAGUUAAAUGGAGAUCAACAACAAAAACCGAACGAUCUGAUGAGAUUAAAGCCGAAGAAAGUGGAUUAAAGCUUCAUAUGAUCGACGCCGAUUAUCAUGAGUCAAAAACUGUCAUUAUUGAUAACCCGAUGACCUUCAAAACCCUAGCAAUUGAGCCGGAGCUAAAGAAGAUGAUUAUGGAGGAUUUAAACAAUUUCAAAGAUGGAAAGGAAUACUAUCGACGAAUCGGUAAGGCAUGGAAGCGAGGUUAUCUGGUCUACGGUUCUUCUGGCACAGGAAAAUCCAGCUUGAUCGCAUGCAUGGCUAAUUAUUUAAACUACAAUAUCUACGACAUAGACCUUACAGACGUUGAUUCAGACUCUCAACUUAAAAACAUUUUGCUAGAAAUGCCUAGCAAAUCGAUACUUGUGUUUGAAGAUUUCGAUCAACUUAAAAAUCAAAUAGGAGAAAAGACUUGUUCGAGAUUGUUUAACUUUAUGGAUGGGAUUUGGUCGUGUUGUGGAGAAGAACGAAUCUUUAUUUUCACAACCAAAUCUAUAAAUGCACUUGACCCCACAUUACUUCGUCCAGGGCGAAUGGAUAUGCAUAUUCAUAUGUCUUAUUGCACAUUUUCAGCAUUCAAACAGCUGGCUUUUAACUAUUUGGAGCUCGAAGAUCAUCGACUCUUUAAAAGAGUCGAAGAGUUGUUGCAAAGUGUAAACGCCACACCUGCUGAAGUUGCGGGAGAGCUUAUGAAGUACAAAAAAGAUGUGACUAUGUCACUCGAGAAACUUAUUGCCUACCUCGAGAAAAAAACGAGGUUGUAA